AUGGAGCGACUCUGGGCAGUUCUGUUUGUGGUUGUCACGGCUUGUUUAUUCGAUGGAGUAAUAAACCAGAGCACCCUGGCCCCUGCUGUGACCAACGCUACAACCAGCCAGAGUGUGACCACCACCAGUCCCAUCAUCAGCACCACCCCACCCGGCUGCUCUGUCCUAAAUGCCUCCACCUGUGAACCCUGUGCCCCUGGCCUUUAUUAUGACAACAACACUCUGCUGUGUUCCUGUUGUCCUGUGGUGGGGAGCUGCAUGUUCCCAGGGGCGUGUCUGCCCUGUGACCUAGGCUUCUAUCAGCCCCUGGCUGGGCAGCAGCGCUGUGUGCCCUGUAUGCCUGGCUUCUUCUCCAAUUUCUCUGGGAGCCCCGUGUGUCAGGCCUGUCCUGCAGGGUCUUACAACAACAUGACUGGCUCCAUCUCCUGUAGAAGCUGUCAACCAGGUUUCCAUGCAUCAGGACAGAACGCCACAUCAUGCAGUCCAUGUCCACAAGGUAUGCACAAACCCUCCCACCUGACAAUGUGUCAGAUCUGCAAUAUAGGUUUUUAUCAGAUCCGCUGGGGACAGGAGAACUGCGACGUGUGUCCUGAAAACCACUACUGUCCUAGCCCUGACGUAAAUCCCAUUCAGUGCCCCAGUGAUGCCUUCUGCCCUGAGGGAAGUACAGCUCCGGGUUACUGCAUGGAGACCUUCUUCAGAAAGGCAGGGGAGACAUGCGAGCUUGCCCCUGUCACCAUCGCUCUAUUGGUCAUUGGUGGGGGAGUGGCUCUCCUCUUCAUUAUCCUCAUGGUUUUGCGACGGAAGAAGGACACAGACGGUGAGCUGUCUCUCUCGCGCGCGCCUCUGUUGCGAAAAGACCGUCCUGCAGGUCGUUCCUAUGGCCUACCCUGUGAUGCAGAGCCCGUAUAUGCCGGCUGGUGACACACAAACGAAAAACACAGAGACCAAGUCUCCUCACUCUCUUAACCCUGCAGCACUCUCCCUCAUGAACAAAAGAACCACAGCAAAUCAUUGCCAGCCUACCUGUGCCUUCUCGAAGACACUUGGACUUUAUAACAA